AUGUCAAAAAUGAUAAUUAAAAAGUUCUCAACCACUUUAUCAAGAAUAAAAAAUGAAACAAUACAUUAAUUAGAUAUUUUUGGUCAGUUGCCUAGCUUCACCGUCUUGAAUAAAAGUAAAUAUACUUCGAACUUUGGAUUUUUUAUGUCAUUAAUCAUUGGCUGUUUAGCCUUGUACUAUUUGAAUUCAGAGAUAGCUUCUAUGAUUCUUAAAUAAAAACCAUCCAUUUAUUAAUCAGAAAAUAAAGUGAUUGAGACUGAAGUACAUAAUUAUGUUCAUGAUUUUAGGAGUAUUCCCUUAAAAAUUCUAAUUUUACUCUAGCAGUAUCGAUUGCUAGCUAAUUUUCUUAACCAAUAAAUGGAAUUAAUAAAUAUUACCAUCUCAACAUCAGUUAAUGUGUUCGAUAGAGAAUUAAAGAUGAACUAACUGGAAAUACGACAGUAUUGUUAGAGUAAGUUUUUUCGAUAAUGAUUUAGCUGCUAAGAAAUUCCAAUAGAAACUUGUGAUAUGUCUCAUUUUACAACUGAAUUGUAAUAGUAAUACUUUUCAACUAUCAGAUUUGGAACCGUUUAGUGUAUUAAAAGAGAUUAUUUAGAAAUGAAUCCAUUAGUAAAUAUUUUUUAAGAGAUUAGAUCUUAUAAGGACAAUUUAAUGCUAGGAUAUACAAGUAUUUGUUAAUUUAAUUUGCACCCUGUACAAAUUCAACUAGUUUCUAGGGAUGUGCUCCCUAAGAAGAAAUUAAUAAAAUUCUGGAAGCAGGACAAUAUAAUGUGUAUAAAAGUGAUUACUUGACUUAACUUGAACAUUCUGGAUUACCAUAUGAAUAAAUUAUUACAAAUGAAUUCACAAGUUUUUCGUUAAGUACAUCAAAAACAAUUGUUCAUUCAUACCGAAUAAUGCAAACUCAAACAGAUCAAGGAUUAAUUUGGGAAGAGAGUUAUAUGAAUACCAAUUUGUAAUAAUAAGAAUGGAGGGAAGUGUCGGACUUUUUUAAUCAUCAAUAUUUAGUUUGUCAUUACAUAAAAUUAGAUUUUAAGUAAACAAGUAUAAAAAGAACUUAUAUUAAACUACAAACUAUUCUUGCCAAAAUAGGAGGCAUAUUAUAAAUAUUAAUAAUGAUAGUAGGAAUAUUUCUAAAACCCUUAAUUGAGAAUUUAAUGAAAUUUGAAAUCGCUUCAUCACUCUACAGUUAUUAGGAAGAACAAGCUGAACAAUAACAUAUAUCUGGUUAAAUUAUAUCCAUUGAAAGAGAUCUUUAAUCACCAUCAAAUUUGAGUAAGUUUUCCAAUUUUUAUUCAUCUGAUGAAAAACCUCCAUUUAAAAAACAAAUCGUGUAAACUUCUUGUUUCAAAACUUUUCUCAUAAUUAUUGGAUUUAAUAAAUUUAAACACCAAUAAUUUUGUAUAGCUAAGAAAAAAAUAAUUAAAAAUUUAGAUAUUGUUACAAUCCUAAAAAAAUUAUAAGAUUUAGAUACUAUUAAAAAGAUACUGUUUACCUAAGAAUAAUUAGAGUAACUCAAAAGAAGGCCUAAGCCGAAAUUAAAGAAAAACAAAUAAGAUAGUAUUAUUGAGAAAAAUUUGAAUUAACCGGAUCAAGUGUAAAUUAGAUCAAAUUUUUUCUCUUAAUAACUAACAGAAGGGUCUCAAUCGAAUCUAUUUAAGAAUUAUAUUGAAAAUUAAUUCUUAUAACAUGUUCACAAUUCUAAUUAACUACAAUAACAUGCUAAAACUGCCGAAGAUUAACAAUCAGGUUAAAACAAUAUUCUCUAAAGUUCUCAACAUCUAUCAAAUUUCAAUUCAAAAAAAUCACAUGAUCCUGAGGCUCCCCAUCUUCAAUUUUAAUAAUUAGAGAAAAAAUCUGAUAUAGAAAUUUGUAUCGAAUAGUGA